UGACAUGCUGCCAGCACUGGCGGAGAAGAGAUAAAAAUCUAAACCAGUGCGGAGUGUGUAUAAGAAAGAAAGAAAGAGAAGGAAGGAAGGAAGGAAGGAUCCCUCCAGAUCUUCCACAAGCAAUCCUAUGCUAUCUCAGUCUGGACCCGAGAUAGAGACGCCGGCGCCGCGUUUACUCGCUCCUCUAUUACGCAAGCGGUGACUCUUCUUGCCCCCCCCCCGCCCGGUAGGCUGGGAAUUUGUGGCCAGCGGCAGUACCCCUGGGAGUGGCCUCGGUAGCCACCGCUCUCUGCUGUGCGCCGCCGGUUCCGGAACGGGCUACAAAACAAGAUGGCGGCGGCGAGCAGGAGAGUGGGCAAGGAGCUGGAUGAAAUCAAGAGGUCGGGGUUCCGCUGCUUCCAGAAUAUUGAAGUGGAUGAAACUAAUGUGCUCCUUUGGAAGGGACUUUUAGUGCCCGAUGACCCUCCAUACAAUAAAGGGGCAUUUCGGAUUGAGAUCAGCUUUCCUUGUGAAUAUCCCUUCAAGCCCCCCAAGAUCACAUUCAAGACGAGGAUCUACCAUCCAAACAUUGAUGAGAAGGGCCAAGUUUGCUUGCCAAUCAUCAGCCCUGAAUAUUGGAAACCAGCUACCAGGACAGACCAGGUGAUCCAGGCACUGAUAAUGCUGGUGAAUAAGCCUGAGCCUGCCCAUCCACUGCGUGCUGACUUGGCCGAGGAAUUCACCAAGGACUACAAACGCUUCCUGUCCAAUGCUGAAGAGCACACCCGCAAAUUCAGUGAGAAGCGACCAUGCGAGUGACCCCUCCCAUCCCAACUGUCUACCCAGCUUCCCUGCCUGCCUCUGUCAUUAGCUGCCUGGGGAGAACUUUCCAUAUAUUCUUAGUCCCAGUGGGACGGUAGAUGAGUGGGACCAAGACAACCACUCCCAAAACUGCAGAUCAACAAAAUAACAUGCAUGAUGGAAUUCUGGGUUGCUCUGGACUGUGAGAUGAACUCUGCAUCUGAGAGGGAGUAGGCUUCUACCUGGGGGAGACUUGGCUUGCACUUUGGGUGGAUGAAGCUUCAUGCCUGGCUGUGAUGAAGCAGGAGGCCUUCUCCAGAAUUGGAUGGGCAUCAUGGGUACCCUUUCUCUCUCUCUCUCCCUUUCAUCACAAGGAUUCUUAUAGUGUUGCUAGGCACUUAAAAAACCUACAGUAAACAUUCCUGGGGGGAAAGGUGAAGAGAGGUAAAGAUACAAAUGACUUUCUUUAAACUGACCAAGAGGGAGCACUUAGUUUGGAAGGCUGGGACUUGUGAAAUGGGAAAUGACUUGGUGAGGAGCCAAGAGGCUCUGUGAGUGGAGCAAGGUAGAGAUGAGGAUCAGGCAAGUAACUGGUCUCUGUUGCCAACAAUGUGUACAUAGAAAAUAUUUUUUAAACAGCUCAGUCCUAACUGUGCUUACUCAGAAGCCGGAAGUCAAAAUGAACAUAAGAACAGCCCUGCUGGAUCAGGCCCAAGACCUCUUUAGUCCAGCAUCCAUUUACACACAGUGGCCCACCAGAUGCCUCUGAGAAGCUCACAGACAAGAGGUGAGGGCAUACCCUCUCUCCUGCUGUUACUCCCCGGCAACUGGUAUUCAGAGGCAUUGUGCCUCUGAGACUGGAGGUGGCCCUCAGCCACCAGACUAGUAGCCAUUGAUAGACCUGUCCUCAGUGAAUUUGUCUAGUCCCUUUUGAAGCCAUCCAAGCUAGUGGCUAUCACCACAUCCUGUGGCAGAGAAUUCCAUAGAUUCAUUGUGCACUGUGUGAGAAAAGUACUUUAUUUUGUCAGUCCUGAAUUUCCUGGCUUGAAACUGAAUCUAGAAAUUCAGAGAGGUUUUUGUCAGUGAACCAUAAUGGAACCUAAAACCUCUGUUGCUUUGAGUUGGAACUGAGCCCUUUAAAUACAUAAAGCGAUAACUAGUUCAAAAUAAGUGGUUCAGUAAUCAGGCACUCAGCUUUCAAUGGUAUAACUUCACUUGUACAAUUGCUUUCUUUUCCCGUGUUUUUAAUCCUGUUCUUUGUAACUUUUUUUAAAAAAAGAAACCAACGGUUAUGACACUUUUUCCAAUUCAAAUCAUCAUCAUUGCAUGAGUUUUUAUAGAGUGACAUUACACACAAGAGUAUGAACCAGUUUAGAUAUAUUUGUGCUGAAUAAUUUCAGUGCUUGAACCAGUUACCAAACCACUUUUUCAAGUUAGUGUCUGAACUAGAGAGUUAAAAAAAAAUGAUGAAUUGUAAUGGAGUCCAUAUUUUUCAUGGUCCAGCUUCCUCCUCAGAAGCAUCCUGUACUAGGGGGCUGGACCACACGAUCUCCAAAGUCCUUUUUGACUAAAAUCCUAUUAUAAGUAAAUCCCUUUGCGUUUAAUGGGAUUUGUUUCUUAGUGUGUGUGUUUAGAAUGUAACAUAAGGCUACAAUCCUGAACACACUAAGAAGUAAACCUCAUUGAAGUCGGGGCUCUUACUUCUGAGUAAAACAUGCAUAGAAUUGCUCUGCAUAUCUGUUUCCUUUGUGUUUGUGAAUGACUCCUUUUUUCCUAAUAAAAAUACUCUUCUACUGUCUGAAAGGCA